CUUGCGUAGCAUCACUUGGUAUCUGCUGGGUGGAUAAUAAUAAUAUAAUAAAAGGUUAUUUAUAUACCGCCCUAUCUCCCGGAUGGGACUCAGGGUGGUUUCCAAUCAUAAAAACAACACAAACAUUACAUAGCAACAUAAUAACACAUUAUUAAGCAAAGUAAAAUAAUACAAUUAUAUAGCAAUAAAUAACACUUACAUGACCUGAUCAAGGGGACGGGAACCAUAAACCCAAUAUAUUAAAAUGUAUCACUUUAUGCUAGAGAAAUCUUGUGCAAUAUAUUCAGGCCCAGAAAUCGGCGGUAUUCCAAUGUAAUUACUCAAAAACCUGCCGACACCACCAGGUCUUCAGUUCCUUAUGGAAAUUGGAUAAUGUAGGGGAUUGCCUGAUCUCUUUUGGCAAUGCAUUCCAGAGCCGGGGGGCCACUGGCGAGAAGGCUCGUUCCCUCGUCCCCACCAGCCGCACUUGAGACGGUGGUGGGAGUGCGAGAAGAGCCUCCCUGGAUGAUCUCAAGGAUUCCACGACCCACCUUGGAUGCCAAUGUCUAUAGAUGCUUUAGUAUCAUUAUAUACAAUGGCAUGGUAAAAUAGUGUUUGCUAUAUAAAAUUGUAAUAUCAAGAUUUGCAUUUUUGGAGUUGUUAAAAAAUAUUUUCAAGCCAUAGAUGGUUAAACUGUGGAUGCAGAAUUCAUAGUUACAGCGGAUCAACUGAAUAUCACUGAAAUAAGUUAAAAGAGAUAUUUUUUUUCUUUUUUUUUCCAGGUGGCCUUCAAGAGAAAGGUUUUCAUAUGUAUUUUUGCAUUGGGCCUUAUUUCUCUGAUUUUAUCAGUUCUAUGGAAUUCUAGCAGUAUCUAUCUACUAUAUCAAAAGAACAUGUCGAUUUUCAAAAGAAACAGUGAAGACUUUUUGAAACUGCCUGAUAUAGAUUGCAGUAGGAAUGCACCAUUCCUAGUAAUACUGGUAACAUCCCGACUUGGUCAAAUGGAAGCGCGGAUGGCUAUUCGUAAUACAUGGGGCAAGGAAAGAGUAAUAGCUGGUAAACGUAUUGUGACAUAUUUUCUCCUGGGAAAUAAUUCACGGCCCUAUGACCAGAUUGGUAUUAUUACUGAAAACAUACUAUAUAAGGAUAUCAUUCAGAAGGACUUUAUGGACACAUAUUCUAACUUAACUUUGAAGACUUUGAUGGGUCUUGAAUGGAUCCACAAAUUCUGUCCACAGUCUGCCUUUGUGAUGAAAACCGACUGUGACAUGUUUGUUAAUACUUAUUACUUGACUGAACUUCUUCUGAAAAGAAACAGUACCACCAAAUUGUUUACAGGUCUUAUCAUAAGGCAUUCCCACCCAGUAAGGGAUAAAAACAGCAAAUGGUAUGUGAGCAAAGAGGAAUAUCCAGGGAACAGUUACCCUCCGUAUUCUACAGGGGGUGGCUGUGUUCUCUCUACUGAUGUUGCAAAAGAAGUUUAUGUUGUUUCAAAAAAUAUCACCUUAUUGAAAGUGGAGGAUGUCUUUGUCGGUUUGUGCCUUGCUGAAAUCAAAAUUCUACCAGAGGAGCUUGAUUCAAGGCCAAUCUUUUUUGGCAGCAAUGUUCCAUUUUCUCCUUGCCGUUAUAGGAAAAUCAUCACAAGCCAUCACCACUCUCCUGCUCAGAUCAUGUUAUAUUGGGAUGGAAUGGAGAGGACAAUGGAUGAAGGAUGCCCAGGUGAUCAAGGAAAUCCACAAGCUGUGGAUAUCUAGAUCAUAAUCUGAAAGUGAACCAGUUCCCAGAGCCACAAUGUCAUUUAGCCAGUGAACUUGGAGACAAAUAAGAACUAUAAAUAAUUUCUUGAUCUACACGGGUCAUUUUUAAAGGAAAGUCAAAUCUAAAAAGACUAGCUUUUCAAAAAGCGUUGAAAUAAACUAUGUAAUAAUUUCAAAUACAUAGCUAUUUUAUCUUUGAAAAUCAGUGUGCAAAGAAAUCUUGUAGCAUCUUUGAGACUAAGAGAAUAAAUUCAUGGUAUAAGCUUUUGUAGACUAAGGACCGUAUCAAAUGGUCAGGAGUAAUGCGGGGGACUGCGGGGGAAAUUGUGGGGCAGCGGAGGGUACUGUUAUGCUCUGUUCCCUACCAUUGGGGUCUGCAGUCUUUCUUUCCAUGACAUUUCUUCAUCUUUCCCUGUUUCCUGUUUCCUCUUGCUUUGUUCCAAGAGGAAUCGGGUGUAUACCCGACUCCUCUGUGCACUAUUUCCACCAUCCUGCUGGCAUGGAGCCCCACAGAGUCCCAUAAAAAGUAGCCUUGUGUCAUGUGCUGGGCUUAAGGGGACUCUGUGCUGGCAGAGAAGAGAAGUGGGAAGAAGAUGCUUCUCUCGUUGUUUACUUCCCAGAUAUAUGAAGUGUCUAGGAACAGGCUUUCAUAGGCAGACUGUGUGUGUGAAUGGCUAUAGAAAUACAAAGUCUGUGGGUAUGGUAAUAAGAUGAGAAGUUCAGUUUUACCAGUGGUACUUGAGGGAUGAAGAUAGGAUGGAAUAAUUGUCUAAAGGUAAGACAAUACUUGUCAUCUAAUCCCCAUACCAACAAGUUUUGCAUUUCAUUCACAUAGUUGGCCAAUACAAGUCAGUUUUUUAGGUCUUAGACACAGAGUACUCUGACCUAUGUCGACCACACAGUGUCUAGGCAAUCUAUUACUUCAUUUGGUUGAACAGAGAAGUAUGAUAAUCUAGAACCAGAAUGUGACAAAUGCCUCUUUGACACAGGAAGUGAUCCUAUCUACCUUAAAUAAAGAAGUAAUAUGAUUUCUCCUAAAGGUCCUGCUCUCAACUCUGAUAUUUCUUAAUUAUUGCCAGUUACCUGUCAACAUGGACCAUAAUUACUCUGAGGACACCAGUUCUUGUCUCCUAUUGGAUGCUAAGCAGUAUCAGCUCUGGCUAGUACUUGGAGGGGAGACCACCAACAAAUACCAGAUGCUGUAGACCCUAUUUCAGAGGAAGGUAUUGGCAAAACCCUUUCUGGGUAUUCCUGCCUAAGAAAACCCUAUGAACUUUAUGUGGUUGCCAUAUGUUCACAGCUGACUUGAAGGCAUAACACAAACACAGCUGUUAACAUUUCCUUCUCAGGCAAAUAUUGUAAGUGGUUUGUUAGUAUACAACUAAACAUGCACAUAGUUGACACUGAAUUUUAGAUCCAUUUCAGUCUAUACCCAGGCUGCU